UCCUAUUAAGUUUUCACGCAUGUGCUCUUGCAAAAUAUUGCCGAUAUUUGCAAUGACCAUUAGCAGUGGUAAAAUAGGUUUGAACGAUAGAAAAGAAUGAAUUGUUAACGAAAUAGACGGAUUUCAUUCGUUUUAGAAACAUUUUACAACAUUAAUUUGAUAUAUCACGUAUACAUUACAUUGAAAAAGUAUAUUUUAAUAGUCCUGUUCCGUAACUCAGUGCCGAGCAGUAUCCUGCAAAAUGAAGCAAGUUAUUUGUAGGAAAAUAGGAGACAGAAUUAUUCUAGUUUCAAAGACGUCCCGUUAUCCUGUACCCAUAGUCAGUACGAGAAAUUUAAUGUCAGGCAGAUACAACAGAAUUUAUCGCCCAUUGUUAGCCUCCCCGCAUGUACGUUAUUUUGGAAAUCCUAAUCGUACAUAUGCCAUGUUUAUUGGACGAGUAUUAAGAGGAGCAUUGAAGAUCCGAUAUCUUUUAUUGGGUGGUGCAGUUGGAGGUGGAGUUACAUUGCAAAAGAAAUAUGAACAAUUGAAAGAAGUUAUGCCUGAUAUGGGCUGGUUAGAUGAUAUACUUCCUGAUGAAAAAAGAUGGAAAAAUAUUCAUAACAAACUUCUGUCUGCUAAGGGUAUCUUAGCAGAGAAAAUGGAAUUUGAUCCACGUAUAAAGGAGUUUGGAGAAGCCAAGUAUAGGCAAUACAGGGAAUGGUUUAAUCAAAGGCUGGACGAUGCUAUUAAGGCAGCAGAAGUGAACCAGAAUCAAGCAGUGGAUUCUUCUGAUAGUAUAUUUGACGCGACCUCAGCAAUAUUAUACCGACUUUAUUCAGAAUCAAAAGAUCAAAUUAGAACCAAUUCUGUAGCAUUUGCUCGGCCAUUGCCCGAUGAGAACAUUCAAGAGGAUCGUAAGAAAGCUCAAACUUCCCAAGAAAGAAUAAACGCUAUGCAGGAAGAAGUGAUGCAAACACAGUUGAGGUAUCAGCGCGAGCUUGAAAGGCUAGAACGGGAAAACAAAGAACUCCGAAAACAGAUGCUUCUACGUGGCAAUCAAAAGCUGAAUAAUAAGAAAAUAAAAAAAUCAUUGAUCGACAUGUACAGUGACGUUCUGGACGAACUUAGCGAUUAUGAUAGCACCUAUUCUACCACCGAUCAUUUACCAAGAGUGGUGGUUGUCGGUGAUCAAAGUUCUGGCAAAACGUCUGUGCUGGAAAUGAUCGCCCAAGCAAGGAUAUUCCCAAGAGGUGGUGGUGAAAUGAUGACCAGAGCUCCAGUCAAAGUCACUCUAAGCGAAGGUCCCUAUCACAUAGCUCAGUUCAAAGACAGUUCUAGAGAAUUUGACUUGACGAAAGAGUCGGAAUUAGCCGAGCUAAGACGCGAGGUGGAGUUACGUAUGAAGAACAGCGUUAAAAAUGGUAAAACAGUUAGCCAAGAUGUGAUUUCAAUGACUGUAAAAGGGCCAGGUCUUCAGCGUAUGGUCCUGGUCGAUCUGCCCGGUAUAAUUAGCACAGUCACAGUUGAUAUGGCAGAAGAUACUCGAGAUGCAAUUCGACAAAUGACUCAGCAACACAUGAGCAAUCCAAAUGCAAUUAUUCUCUGCAUCCAAGAUGGAUCUGUGGAUGCUGAAAGGAGCAACGUAACGGAUCUUGUUGCUCAAAUGGACCCAACUGGGAAACGUACCAUUUUCGUUUUGACAAAGGUGGAUUUAGCUGAGGAAAACUUGACGAACCCUGAUCGCCUCCGUAAAAUAUUAUCUGGUAAAUUAUUUCCUAUGAAAGCGUUAGGAUAUUUUGCUGUCGUCACUGGUCGUGGCAAACAGGACGACAGUAUACAGACGAUCAGAGAUUACGAAGAACAAUUCUUCCGCACCUCCAAGCUUUUUAAGGAUGGUUUAGUAAUGUCCGGACAAGUUACCACAAGAAAUCUGAGUCUUGCGGUUGCGGAAUGUUUCUGGAAGAUGGUUCGGGAGACUGUGGAACAGCAGGCAGACGUAUUUAAAGCGACCAGGUUUAAUCUUGAAACUGAAUGGAAAAAUAAUUUUCCCAGACUGAGACAACUGGAUCGGGAUGAACUCUUUGAGAAAGCUCGAGGAGAGAUAUUAGACGAGAUUGUAAAUCUGUCUCAAGUUUCACCGAAACACUGGGAAGAAACUUUAUUGAACAUUAUUUGGGACAAAGUUAGUACGCACGUGUUUGAAAAUAUUUAUUUACCCGCUGCUCAAAGUGGAAAUCCAGGUACGUUUAAUACAACUGUUGACAUCAAACUACGACAGUGGCCGGAAGAGCAUUUGCCAGCUCGAAGCGUCGAGAGUGGCUGGGAAUGUUUGCAAAUGGAAUUUAAUCAUUUUAUGAAUCAAGCAAAACUCAGUCCGGAUCACGAUGACAUUUUUGACAAUUUAAAGAAUGCAGUGGUUACCGAAGCGUUGAAGCGACAUACGUGGGAAGAAAAAGCCUCUGAGAUGUUACGUGUCAUACAACUGAAUACCGUGGAGGACAAAAGUGUUAAUGAUAAACGGGAAUGGGAUCAGGCAGUGCGUUUCUUAGAGACAGCCGUCAAAGAGAAAUUACAAAAUAUAGAAUUGAUCUUAAGGGAAAUGUUAGGUCCAGGCCGCAAAGAACGAUGGUUGUAUUGGCAGAGUCAAAGCGACGAGCAACGACAGCGUUCGGCAGUGAAAAAUGAGCUGGAUAAAAUUCUUUAUGCGGAUAAAAAACAUUCUCCUACUCUCACGCAAGAUGAAAUUACAACGGUUAGAAAGAAUUUGCAACGAAACGGUUUAGAAAUUGAUAACGAAUUUAUUCGAGAAACCUGGCAUCCAGUUUAUAGAAGAUACUUCUUGCAGCAAAGUUUAGCGAAAGCGUAUGAUUGUAAAAAAGGAUAUUAUUUGUACCAUACAGGCCACGAAAGCGAAGUGGAUUGCAACGACGUUGUAUUGUUUUGGAGGAUUCAACAGGUGCUGAAGGUGACUGCAAAUGCGUUAAGGCAACAAAUCAUGAAUCGUGAAGCUCGUAGGUUAGAUAAAGAAAUAAAAGAAGUGUUGGAGGAUUACAGUCAAGAUAAUGAAAUCAAAAAGCAAUUAUUGACUGGUAGACGAGUCACGUUGGCUGAGGAACUCGAACGUGUUAGACAAAUUCAAGAGAAACUUGAAGAAUUUAUUCAGGCAUUAAAGAAGGAGAAAUGAACGAAAUCUGACUGAGAAUUUAGGUAUUUAAACAGAGAGGUGCACGGUAUGUGUGAUAUCGCGUAACAGCCAUGGCGGCUGUUGCGUGAAUACUUAGGUAUUAUUCUUUUUCUUUUUUCAUUGCCGAAGAACACAGCACGUACUGUUAUCAGUUUUUACGGGAAAACUGUGCGAACAGGACAAGAAAACCUUUGAUAUGAAAUGCGGUUCGAAUUUGUAGCACUAAAAUUAUAACUAAGCGAACGCGGUAAUGGUUGUGCAAUUUUAUUAAUUGCACAUCUAGCAAAGUUUUUUGUGACACAUUUGUCCAAUGGAUUAAAUACAAUAUUAUUAGCGACUUAGCAUAAAUCAUACCAAAGCAGAGCAAUUGAAAAAUUAAUGGAAUAACGCUUGCAUAAUGAUAAACUGAAUGAAUUGCGUGUAUGAUGAUACAUGAAAUGUAGAUAUCUCAAAUAAAAUACAUAUUUAAUUCUUA